AUGUCCAAACUCUUGUUCAACGAUGUCAUGGCACUGGCUCUGCUGCCAACGCCCUCAAACCAUACGGCAUUGACAGGCGGCAUAGCCAAGCGUUAUAUGAGUCUAUGCCCAGCUUGGGUCCCUGGCUCCGAGCUCGUUGGCGGAAGAGGCCGCGGGUCCAAGGCAGAUCCUCGAGCUGCUUAUGGAGGGCAUGUUUACUGUCAGGCGCCGCUAGCCGCAAGCCGAGCUGUAAAGGAAGAGGAACCUGAGGAAUCCGGGACGCAGUCAGGAGGUUUCGGGCUUCAUGCCAUUCAGGGUGUUUUCUCGGCCGCCGCCAAGUCAGACAGGCCUUUCAUAUAUGAGGUCUCGGUCCUAUCGACUAGUAGGACAUUUUGCUCUCGUCUGGUGACUGUGCGGCAACCGAAGGAGACGAGCAAACGCGAUCACUAUGAGGACAAUUUCUUGCUCCAAGAUGCAGAAGGGCCCCUUGGUGACGUGUGUUUUAGUUGCAUAUGCACCUUCAAACGGCCAGAAGAAGCCCGGAUCGUCUCGCAAGAAGAGCCACCACAGAAGCGCUUUGCCGAAAUCUUGUCAACCAAGGCACCGCAAGAUUGGCCGUUUGCUCCGGCAGUCGACGUGGAAGAAAUCAAAGCCAUGUUUCCGAAUGUCGGUCAGACGACGUUUCCCAUCGUUGACAUGCACAAAGUCGACUUGACUGCUUACAAUGAAGGGAAGCCGGUUACGGAGAGGAGAGAACUCCUCUUAUAUCGACUCAAAAGCCCACUCUCAACAGAAGAUCCCAAUUCGUAUGUUGCCGUCCACGCGUUUGAGUCAGAUCGCAACGGAUUGUUGAUGAUAGGCAACCAUGUUGGCCUCGGAUGGAGUCUGGGCACAGCGGCCAGCUUGACAUACAAAUUCGUCGUCCACGUCAAUGCCGACCAAGCCGUUAUGAGAGAUGGUGGCUGGUGGAUUCAGGAGGCGUCAUUUCCUCGGACCGGCCAGGGGCGAGGGACACUGAUCUGUAAGAUGUGGAGUCCUGAAGGUAUACAUGUCGCCACUGGGUAUCAAGACGGUAUUCUUCGAGAGCGGAGAUCAGAUGGCGACAAGAUUAGUGAAAAGCUAUGA